UAUUCAUUUAUAUAUAAAUCCUUGACAAACGAAAAACAAAAGAUAAAGGCUCACAGCUUCAACGAAAUAAGUUAUAGACGCCGGAUAUAUCACGCUGCAUUUUCUCCUGAAAAAGAAAUUAGCUAAAAGAGACCUAUCGGACAAUUCGUAAUUUAAAGUUUAAUACGGCAUGGAUUAAUAAGUUUCUUUUAUUUUCUUCUUCUUUAGUGUUGUUCAAGUUGCGAUAAUGAUUCCAUUAAUCGUGCAUUGGCGUGACUAUAUAUUUAUUAUUCACCGCUUCUCUUAUGUGGCCAAUGUUAACUGUCUCUCAUUAUUAUACUAAUCUCUAACGAUCUUAUUCAUAUAUUUGAAUAUGGUUAUAUCAAAAUAAUAUAUUAAUAUGUCGUGAAGGAACAAAGCUGGUCUCAGCUCUCAUUGUCGACCCCACAAGUUGACUGAUCGUGUUCAUCAUCAUGCAUGGCUUCAUAUUAUUUUAUUUAAUUACGACUUGUUCUCGACACAAAUGAUUGUAAUUAGUUUAAGAAUCUCUUGAUUUCUCUUAUCAUCACCAAAUCUUCCUCAAUUAAUCAUCAAGUGCAUCUCCUACCUAUAUAUAUAGUGGCCCAAGAUGAAGAACUAUUAUAACAAAAGAAAAAAACUAACAAGAAGAAUAAGAAGGGAGAAAGACAAGAAAGUGUUGAAGGUUAGAGAGAUGGACGUUUUUGUUGAUGGUGAAUUGGAGUCUCUCCUGGGGAUGUUCAACUUUGAUCAGUGUUCAUCAUCCAAGGAGGAGAAACCGCAAGAUGAGAUGCUUAGCCUCUCUAGCCUUUACAAUGGCCAUCUUCAUCACCAUCAUCAGAACAACGUCUUGUCUUCUGACCAACAUGCUUUCUUGAUUCCUGAUGUGUUCCCAUUUGGCGUGAUGCCGGGAGGGAAUCUUCCGACCAUGCUUGAUUCUUGGGAUCAAAAUCACUUCCAAGAAACGGCAACGCUUAAGAGGAAACUACUUAACGUAGAGAAUCCACACAACAAUAACUCUAACUGUGACGUCACAAGACAAGAGCUUGUCAAAGCCAAGAAAAAGCAGAGGGUAAGCCAGGAAAGCAAUACAGCCGACGAAAGCAACACUAACUGGAGAGAUGGUCAGAGCCAAAGCAACAGUUCAGACGAUGAAAAGGCUUCGGUCACAAGUGUUAAAGGGAAGACAAGAGCCACGAAAGGGACAGCUACUGAUCCUCAAAGCCUUUAUGCUCGGAAACGAAGAGAGAAGAUUAACGAAAGGCUCAAGACACUACAAAACCUUGUACCGAACGGGACAAAAGUUGAUAUAAGCACGAUGCUUGAAGAAGCUGUCCAUUACGUGAAGUUCUUGCAGCUUCAAAUCAAGUUGUUGAGCUCGGAUGAACUAUGGAUGUACGCACCAUUGGCUUACAAUGGACUUGACAUGGGAUUCCAUCACAACCUUUUGUCUCGGCUUAUGUGAAGGACUUGUAAUACACAAGUUAUACACAAUCUAAUUGUAAAGAAACCGACUUAGAACAUAUGAAUCUUUUUAAUUGGGCCCUAUCAGAGAGAGGUCUACUUUUGGACGUACCACUUUCUCUCGUUGUUCAUUCUAAUAACUUUUGUUAUUCUGUAAACUUCUUCUUGUCUUUUACUUCAUUAUGGUUCUAAGAACUUGGUACUUUUUAUUAAUGUAAUCAUGUUAUUAAAAUAUGAAAAAGUCAACUGGGACUAAUAAAAUAACAGUCUUUUCUCGCACAAUUUUGAAAACAAAAUAUAUAAUUGA